AUGCAGAGAAUAAUCGGUUACAGUGCAAACUCCAUCCUGCCGGCAUUCCCUCAAUCAAGAGCGUAUUCAAGCCUUAGCAGUGUGCUCCUGGGCUCAAACGAUGUCUAUCCGCCGGGACUUGGGAACUGGGACAACUCCUGCUACCAAAAUUCCAUAAUCCAAGGCCUUGCCUCCCUUCGUUCGUUACGGGAAUUCUUAGGGUCAAACAUACAAAACCUGGGGCAUCGCCAUUUCCUUUCAACCCAUAUUGCCUUGAGAGCGAUCAUCGACAAGCUCAAUGACCCUGCAAACGGCGGACAGAAGCUAUGGUUGCCUGCGGAGCUCAAGUCGAUGUGCAGUUGGCAACAGCAAGAUGCCCAGGAAUACUUUUCCAUAAUAGCAGACCAAAUAGAUAAGGAGAUUCGUCAGGCCUCGAAGGGAGUUACUAGCGAUAUCGGUCUUAAGUUAGCUCCACAGCCUAGUCCUCGCCCUGAGGCUGCCCUUCCAAGCCCACCAAUGACACCGGAGGGAUUACUAGCCCAGAGAGUGGGGUGCAUGGAAUGCGGCUGGACCGAAGGCCUCUCCCUAAUCCCAUUUAACUGCCUCACCGUUACGCUGGGUAAGAAAUGGGAAUACGAUAUCAGGGAGUGCCUUGACGAAUACACCAGCUUAGAAACCAUCGAAGGCGUGGAAUGCGCCAAAUGUACAUUACAACGGACCCGGACCCAGCUUGAGCAGCUACUCAACAAAAUAGGCCCAGUUGAGGAAUCCACAGAUGAAACAGACUCUGCCAAACUCAAUGAAGCAUUAAGAAGGAAUGCCGAGACUAGGUUGAACGCAGUACUCGACUCGCUUCAGAAUGAUGAUUUCAACGAAGAGACGUUAAAGGAAAAAUGCCACAUCUCCCCUCGCAAUCAUGUUGCCUCAAUGAAGUCGAAGCAAGCAGUGAUUGCAAGGCCGCCAAAGUCUUUGAUAAUUCAUGUCAAUCGCAGUGUUUUCGAUGAAAUGACAGGAGCACUAAGAAAAAACUACGCAGAUGUGAGAUUUCCAAAAACUUUGGACCUAGAUGAGUGGUGUCUAGGCACUAUGCCAGUUGGGGGCUCAAAGGAGGAUACGGUUGAAACAUGGGAUAUAAACCCUUCCGAAUCGAUGCUUCCUCGGCCAGAAAGUGAGAUACACAGUUUAAACAGAAGAUACGAACUGCAGGCUGCAAUCACACAUUAUGGGCGACACGAAAACGGACAUUAUAUCUGUUAUCGAAAAUACCCUGUGGACUCAUUCCCUAUCCAAGUCCCUCAGGCUAUCCUCGGAGCCGAUGGAGGGAAAGAGAAGAAGGAACAUUGGUUCAGGUUGAGCGAUGAGGAUGUCAGUUUGGUCAGCGAGAGAAGCGUUUUAGCUCAAGGGGGCGUAUUCAUGCUCUGCUAUGAAUUGGUAGAUCCAUUACCAGAAGUCAACAAGGGCGCUGACCAAGUGAUUCCCAAUAAAAAUUCUCAAAUUAUCAGUGAUCCCCAGCUAGUCGAAUAUGGAAUUCCACUAGAUGAGAUACCGUCCAGCCGAGAUGAAACCACCGAGGUAGUCAACGUUGCAGAUGAUAUUGCAGGUUCCCAAGUGGAUGUUCCAGCUUGGUCAAGGAGGACCAAUACCGACUCCAUAUCAUCUCGGAUCUCGAGCUCUUCCGAAGAAAGCGGUCCAUCCUCUGCCACAACUAAUGAUGAGCCACCUAUUGUGGACAGUGUCCAGAAGCUGGCCUCCAGCAUGAAAACAUCGAAUCCUCCAAAUAUUGACCCGCAUGAGAAUCCUAGUGCCUCUUCAGUGCCUCAGCUGAUAAGAGCACUAUAA